CUCUCUCUCUCUCUCUUACUCUCUCCAAUGGCUAGUGGUGGUUGGAGAAGAAUCUUGACCUUGGUCGUGAGUGUUAUUGUCCUUGCUCUAUGCAUCCUUUCUGCUGCUGCGGACGACGGAGAAGCGAUCGUCUCGAGAUUCCAGGAGUAUCUCCGAAUCGAGACGGUUCAGCCCAAACCGGAUUACUACAAAGCCCUUGACUUCAUCAACUCUCAGGCGAAAUCCCUCUCCCUCGAAUCUCAGACGAUAGAGUUCGUAAAGGGAAAGCCGCUUAUCCUCCUAAAGUGGGUUGGCUCCGACCCAGCUCUACCUGCGAUUCUCCUAAACUCCCACACAGAUGUCGUUCCCUUCGAGGAAUCCAAGUGGACCCACCACCCACUCCACGCUCAUAUGGACAAGCAGGGAGACAUUUACGCCAGAGGUUCGCAGGACAUGAAGUGCGUUGGGAUGCAGUACCUCGAGGCCAUACGCAAGCUCCAAGCUUCUGGCUUCCACCCAAUCCGAUCUGUCUAUCUCUCCUUCGUCCCUGAUGAAGAGAUCGGCGGCCACGAUGGAGCUGAGAAGUUCGCCGAAUCCAACCUCUUCAAGAGCUUGAACAUCGGAAUCGCGCUAGACGAAGGUCUGCCAUCGCCUACUGAGAGUUACAGAGUAUUCUAUGGAGAGAGGAGUCCGUGGUGGCUGGUGAUUAAGGCUAAAGGAGCCCCUGGCCACGGUGCCAAGCUCUAUGACAACUCUGCUAUGGAGAAUCUCCUCAAAAGCCUUGAGAGUAUUCGCAGAUUCAGAGCUUCCCAAUUCGAUCUGCUCAAAGCUGGUGGCGUUGCUGAAGGCGAUGUCGUCUCUGUUAACUGUAACUUCCUCAAGGCUGGCACCCCCUCUCCAACUGGUUUCGUGAUGAAUCUGCAACCAUCUGAAGCAGAAGCUGGUUUCGACAUUAGGAUCCCACCCACUUUUGAUUCUGAAGCUCUUGAAAGACGUUUGGUGGAGGAAUGGGCACCCGCUGCACGCAACAUGUCCUUUGAGUUUAAGCAGAAGCUUUCGGGGGAACCGCUCCUUACAGCAGCAGAUGAUUCAACUCCGUGGUGGAGGCUCUUGGAAAAUGCUGUCAAGGAAGCCGGAGGUAGGACUAGCAAGCCUGAGAUUUUCCCUGCAUCUACAGAUGCUCGCUACUUCCGCAAGGCUGGCGUGCCUGCCUUUGGCUUCUCUCCCAUUUCAAACACCCCGAGUUUGCUUCAUGACCACAACGAGUAUUUGGGUAAAGCUGAGUACUUGAAGGGCAUUGACGUGUAUGUUUCGGUAAUCAAAGCUUAUGCAUCAUAUGAAAGCAAGAGUGGUGGUUCACGAGAUGAGUUAUAAGGGAGGGGAGGGUCCUCCUUUAUGAGUUGUUGCAUGACACAACAACAUUUGAGUGAGCUUCAAGCCUUGCUGUAACAAACGUGUAAGUUAUAUUGUGCUGCUGUUUUUAUAUUGUGACAAACGUGUACCAUCAGCCAAUAAGAUCUGAACCCAUGGAUCAAACAAUUUGCAAAUUCCUCAUUGGUUAUAUUUUGCUGCUGUUUUCUGUUUUUUUUUUCCCAACCGCAAAUGGAACGAACAGGUAGGGAAAACUUAUGUUUGUUUACAAAACUAAUGAUCGU